AUGGCGGAAGCCGAAGGAAUGGAUGUAGAUCCUCCCGCACUUCCAUCAACUUCUUCGGGCUCUGCGAAGAAAAGAUUCGAAGUAAAAAAGGUACGCACAUUCUGCCAUCACUUAUAUUGAUUACAAGCUACUUUUUGAAGGUUCUACUCGACCUAACUCUCUAUUUUUCGCUUUUUUACAGUGGAACGCCGUGGCUUUAUGGGCAUGGGGUAAGCCUGAAUUUUUGCAAAAUGCGGCAUGGGUUUUGGCGGUGCAUUCGCAUACUACUGAUAAAGGAUUUCAGCAUUUUUUAAACAUUAAUCUUUCUUGGUCUUUUUACAUUAGAUAUUGUCGUCGACAACUGCGCCAUCUGUCGGAAUCACAUCAUGGAUUUGUGUAAGCUUAAUUAGUUCUUACAUAUUUGGCGUAAUCAAAUGAUAAUUUUGAUUAGAGGGCCGAGUUGUUCAAAGCUGGGUUAAGAUAACCCAGGGUUAGUGCGAGAUUUGAACUCAGAUUUGAAAGGUUAAAAAGCAGUUCAGUCUUAAUUCUUUUGGUCUACAAGUUGAUGAUCGGAAGCUCUAAAAAUAACAGAGAAAAUUAUCCGAGAAAAUGCUUUUAAACACAAGAAAAAGAAAUGCGGGCUAAAUUUAACCCUGGGUUAGGCGCUAAUCAGCCUUUGAACAACCGGGCCCUGGAGUGUAGUUGGUAAUCAGAAUUCAUGUCAUUGACUCUCCACGUUUUUUCACUUCUUUAGCUGUAGCAUAAGUUCAUUAAAAGUCUUUGUUGUGUGUUGAUUAUAAUCUUGCUAAACACCGCUACAUUUAAACCACCUAGCAAAUGAAGCUGCUCAAUUGCAUCUACAGUUGACUCCCAAUAACUCGAACCUUCAAGGGAAAUGGAAAAACGUUUGAAUCAUCGGGAGUUCGAGUUAUCGGAAGUUCAUGGCGAAUAACCAGAAAUAUGGAAAUAAAGCAUUGGGAUGGGGAAGGAAUGCAAGUAUCACACUAGCCUGCGUGGCAGGCACAAAAAGGGGAAGGGGAGGGGGAGAGAGAAAGGGAAAAGGGAAGGGAGCGCCUGCUCUAAAAGCCUAUGUUUUUGCAUAACGUCCACCAAUUUUCUAGUAAUCCGAUUACGCUUACUGUCAAUCAAGUGUCGCUACACUCGCCAAUCAGACCGCAAGGCGGAACCCUGUGGUUACGUGGAAAUUUAUAGGAUUUGACGGGAACUCACGUUGCAUAAAUAUUUAUCGAAGCGACAAAUUCUCACUUCUGGACAACCAGAAAUUUAACGUGGAAAUGUUAUUUUAAGAAUUUCGAUCUGCCACAUGGGUAUUUAUGUUCAAGUUCAAAGCUCAAAGACAGAACGGCUGUACCGUUCUCGCCACAACAAAGUACAACGAAAGUUGCUCUUGCAAAAGCAACCAAGCACAAAGCCAACCCGGCAACUGAUGAGGUUCAUGGGGAGAACCGAAACCAUGGUCUUGCCUGAUCCCAAACUGUGGCAAUAACAAAACAGUUUAAAGACUGUGAAGCUUAUUCAAAGCUAUUACUAAGGGAGGAACUACGCGCUCCAGUCAAAAGACUCACACUAUCUUUACAAAAACACUAAGCUGGAGUUUACUGAGUCAAUUCAAUUCUCCAUAGUAAGUUUAUGUAGCUUCAGUUUAAGCUGCAGUUCACUCUUAUAAUUUUGGAUCUGUAAGUCACUAUCCGUGAUAAUGUAACAUUCUGCAAAGAAAACUGACGAGCUGGGCCCAGCGUGAUACAGCAUUGCAGAAAAACAUUACACACACGGACUAAAGAAAAUCGCUUAAUUAUUCAGAUCCAGAAGGCACCUUGGAGAAAAUUGGAACCCUUAUUCAGCCGUAAUAAAAAAGCUUUGCGCUUGCAUCAGAGGGCAAAUCCUGCCGACCAGAAAACAAUAACUACAGUCAACCAAUAUGUAUGUCAUGACCUCUCAGUGUGAAACAUGCGGCUAAAAUAGCAUUUGCUCAGUAUAAAAUGCAGAACCUUCCAGAGCAUAAUCUACCCAGCAGAUAAAAACAACUUUAUUGGAAUAAGCUGCAUUUUGGCAUGAGGUAAAAGUCGUGUAGGCCUACCACCCCCUUUUAUUGCUGUAAUUACCAUUUAGCUCGUAGUUCUUCACACGUACAAACAUUUGGUAAAUUAAACUCUUGCCGUAUCCAGUCGGCAAAACCGCCAAGACAUCUCUGUCGGCUAAAAGAGCCCUUACCGCUGAUUCUUGCUCUGGUUUUAAAACAAUUUCUCUACCACUAGAUAAAUUCACAUCUCUCAAAGCACUCUCUACGACAUCCACGUCUACGGCCGCCAUCUCGACUGUUUGUUGAAAUGUGAAUCGCGCAUUUCAAUAUGUUACUCAUUACGGCUCAGCCAAUCAGGAAUUUGCGGACGCCAGCGUCCGCAGAUAUGAACAAAAGGGGGUUCUUAGAGCAGGCGUCCCCUCCCCCUCUCCCCAAUCCCCCUCCCCUUUUUCCCUUCCUCCCUAUCCCCUACCUCCUACCCCUUUCAACGCCUGCUACGCAGGCUAGUAUCACACACUCAUCGUGAUCACUUCAAGAUAUUGAUAUUUUGGAAAGGAAUAAAAAGAUUACAUGGUUUGUUUUGAAAUAAAUUCAAUGUCUCUGACUGCAGGAUAAUUUUAUUUUGGACUAAUGCAUCAGUCAAUUCCACCUGCGCCCAGCCCCCCCGGGCUGACCCCCGGGCAUUAGCAUUUUUUUUGCCUUGGAUGGCAAAUUCCCGAGGGUGGGGACUCUUGAGCUGUCAAAUCCCCCGGAGUGGGGACGAAAAAAGAGGGCAAAUGCCCCGUCCUCCGUCAACACUGCAACAAUUUUCAUUGAUCGCACAGUAAAAUAGUGCCAUUUUGAGCAUUUUAAUGUGCGAUUUUUUGUUUCAAUUGACAUCUUCCUUUGUAAUAGUGCUAGGAUUCUAAUUAAGACUUCAUGCCGCGACGAUAUGCACCAGUUUAAGUUUAAUGGUGUUUGAUUACAUAGUUUGAUCAAGUUUGACUGGUUCAGUAAUCUGUCUCAUACAAUAUUAGUUUUUAGAGGGAACUCAGUUGAAUGAGUUCUACAGAGUUCAAUCCCCAAAUAUUUGAUUGCCUACAUCAGGCUCAUUCGAACCAGUGGUGGGUGACUUUCUGCAAAUACAGUGCAGCUCAGAAAUAACCGUCCAAAAAUUUGCGUGCAUGCGUGCUCACAAAAUAUCCCCAGUUGUGGAAGUGGCUACAAAUGUAAGAACCUUGGCUAACACACUUUGACUUAUAAACAUUCACAGAAAAUAUUUCCUAUACCAUGUAAAGAGUUGAAAGAGCCAGUGAUGUUUAGUACUAAGAUAUAAACUUUUCCAACAGCGAUACCCAAGGUUCGAUGUGCAGAAUGUCUGGUGCCUUGAUAAACAUCUGUCAUUAUGAUUGGAAAAAAUGUGUAGCUUAAACGAACAAAAGUUGUCUUUUAAAGUCAUUUGAUUUGCCUCCCUCAAAGUUUGAGCCACUGGGCGGCUUUCAGUUCUCUUCUCUAAAACUGAUAGUGAAAAACCAAUGUGACUUAUUUCAGAAAUCUGUUCAGAAAUAUGUUCGAUUACUGCAUGGAUGGUAUUUUAUUUUUAAAAUAAUGAAAUGAACCACUAAUGAAGAAGUGAACAGGCUAAGCUAUUCACUGCAAAUCCAAAACAGUCCACCAACAAUAUAGACCCAAGACUUGACGCUCGGCGUCUUAUUCUUUUUGAGUCACUGUUGAGGCACAAGUACAGUGCAGGCUAGAACUAACCAAACAAUGCAGAUCAUGUGAAACUGAUGCAAUGGACACGUCAGCUCAGACAAGGAAAGCGUCAGCGCUGACGAGCAUCUGCAUCAGCUCAGAUGCGUCAGGAAGGAAUACCUUUUUCUUUUGUUAUUCACUGUGACAGCUUAUCUCCACUGUAAUCAAAAUUUAUGUGUAUCAGGUUUUUACACUUUUGAGUGUAUUUUGUUAGAAUACUUCAGAGAAUUGUCUCGACACCAAAUCAAACGGUUCGUUUGUGUGGUUUGUUAGAAGAAAAAUUUUAGCAUGUGCCGAUCCGUCAGUAUGAGUCUUGUUGGCUUUUUUAUGACUGCACACAUCACACCUCUAUUGACAAAGAAAUAGCUCAUACAUACUAAAAGUGUUAGUGUGCACUGACACAUUUCAGAGAAGACGUGUAUGCUCAUCAGCUCAGAUGCAUGGACGCAUCUGGCCUGAUGCAUUGGACUCAUAUUGGUUCACUUUGUUCUGGCCUGCACUGUAUUUAGACCCAUGACUUGAUGUGCAUGUUACAUAGAAAAGAUUAAUUUUUACAUUCUCUACAUACACAGUAUCAGGAGCAUCCCCAUAUACUACUUUGACAUAACUGUGCCAUGUUUGGUUUUAAUAAGCAAAGGUUUAGUUAUACAAAAACAAGUAAAAAACAACGCAGGUAAAAAAACGACGUUUGGGUGUCAUCUUGACGCCAUUUUCAAGUUCAAAAUGCUUGCUGGUAAACUGUCAAAAAAGUUUUUCUGGCUAAUGAUUAGUAUUUAUGAAAUACGCAAAAGUCAUGCAAAAAGUUUUGCUCGAAUUGAGUCUGACUGGACAUUUAGAGAAUGUGUCUUCUUCCGUCGGCAAACAUUAUAAGGACGAACACUCUACUGUCCCGAAAGAUCUUGACAAACAGUUCUCUGUCCUUAAGAAGUACAUUAACAAGUUUGAUCGUUUAGUGCACGAAAUAUUGCUCUUUAAGAAACUAACACCUUUUCUACAUGUCCAAUCAGACUCAAUUCAAGCAAGACUUUCUGCCUGACUUUUGCAUUUUUCAUAUAUGCCAAUCAUCUGCCAGAAAAACUUUUUUGACAGUUUUUCAGCAAGCAUUUUGAACUUGAAAGUGUUGUCAAGAUGACACCAAAACGUUGUUCUUUCUUGCCCCCGUUGUUUUUACAUGUUUUGUUUCGUUUUUGUUUAUCAAUAACAUUGUAUUUAUCAGGUAUAGAAUGUCAAGCUAAUCAGGCCUCAGCAACAAGUGAAGAAUGCACAGUAGCAUGGGGUGUCUGUAACGUAAGUACAGUGUGUUUGUUUUUUUGAUAUUCUGUAGAAGAAAACUUACAUGAAUGUGUAAGUUGUGACUAUUUGUGGUUAAUGAAGCUCCUUGACAUGGUUAGUCUCCCUUAAAUGGUUUCUUAGUCACUUGUCAACUUUCCAACUUCAUAGAUACAAAGGAAACUGCCUUUACGUCGACCACACACACAGUCAUUUUGAGUUUAUCCUAGUUUAUAUAAUUAUGUAAAAUAAUUCCAGACAAUUCAAGAUUUUGCUGAUCCCAGUCCCAUUUUGAUUUAUGACGGGGAAACUAGAUUUAGGCAGUUGGAAGAUUGGGAUUGUGCAGAAAUGAUCGCUCAUCACAAUCACCAACAGUGCAAAAAUAAGUUUUCAUAAUGGUGGGAAGUGGUCAGCAACCAUUGCAGAAAAUUAAUCUGGAACAUGUUGGGAAAAUAGAAAUGCUCUCAGUUCUCUGGAUUCGUACCCAAUAAUCCCAGAUGGUUUGGGGAUAUCUGCCAAUUUGAGUUGGACCAGAAACAAAAAAAUCACUGAUUGCCCAGGAUUUUCCCAACAUGUGAAAACCAGGUGGCUUUUAAAACCAAUACAUUGUACCUUUUUUUGAAUUGGAAGCAACUCACUGCCGUAAAAGCCAUUGAAGAUGCAGUGCAAUACAUCAAAAUGUAAGUGGCAGGAGAUUUAGCCUAAACUGCUAAGGGAUAUUUCAGAAAUGUCAAGGGACAAGUCAUUCAACUUCAGAGCAAGGUUUUGAGCAAUUAUUAGGGAGUUUAAGAUACCACGACGGCGACGCCGGCCAAAACCUCUCUUAAAAAGUGACUUCUCGAUCUAUGAAACUUUAACGCGAUUAUCCCAAUUCGGUCACUGUAUUUUAUGUAGGCGAACUCUCCUUGAGAUGAAUUCUUAACAAAAAUAUCCAGGUAUACUCAGAGGAAGAGAGAUUCGUCGUCGUAUGUUCAUGUUGUCGAUAAAACGUGAAAUUAGGCAAUUUUCGUCGUAGUCGCGCAGUGACGGCAAAGAAAUGUACAAAAAAGGGUGAUGCAUGUGCAGAGUUGUUGUUUUGCUAAUCUUAACCAAUUGCUUUUUGUUGUCUCGUUGCCGUCGCCGUAGUGGCAUCUUAAACUCCCUAUUAAAAGUGCUUCUAAAACUAAAAAGUACCUUAUAAAGAAUAGCCCGGGCAAAUUGGUUGAUUGAAAAUGCCUUGAUCAUGAUUACUUGUAUUGCAUAGGACGUUAAAACAAACAGCAACUUAGACUGUAAGUUUUUUUUUCUUCAUGACAGUAGUGAUAGUGUGUUUAGUGCAAAUUCCCGUAAAGUGGACGACACCUACAUGUAUCUCUGAUUCUGCUCAUUGCCACUUACAGCAGAUCCUGUUACACUCACCUAUUCUGUUUCCUUACUGGGAAUUCCAGUGAAAAGUUCUUACUUUCACUACUCAUGGAGAUAGCAACUAAGAAGGGUGUCUGUUUCUUAUUCCUGCAGCAUGCUUUCCACUUUCACUGCAUAUCUCGAUGGCUGAAAACUCGUCAAGUAUGCCCACUAGACAAUAGAGAGUGGGAAUUCCAAAAGUAA